AUGUUGUGCGGGCGAUGUGUUCAAAAAUCCGGUACAGCUCGAGCGUGGGGCGAAGAACAUCCCAGAUCCGAUAGAUCCACAUCGUUACAUGAUCUCAUGGAACUAUAUACAAAACGUGUAGAAGCGAAACAACACCAAAAUGGAAUACCGCUACGAGAUCGUCAGAGAACCGUACCGUGGAGGGUUUUACCAUCUAUAUUCAAAAGUGUCUAUCAUCCAGAGUAUCUGCAAUAUUCACAGAUCAGUGCGGACGAUACACUCGGAAGGCAGCUUUCUCAAUUACCUCCUGGACAGAUGGAAGAUGUGACGGGGAUCAUGUUCGGAUGUGCCAGGAGGACAUGCAGCGAGGAGGACGAUGAGAAGGAGGAGGGCGAGGAAGACAUGGACUUGAUCGACGUGGAAUUCCCUCCAACCAUCAGGAACAGCUUCGAUGGACAAUUCACGGAAUCUCAUAUGUCAUCGCCUGCUUCAAACUCAACUCCUAUGACGUCUUUCAGAGAACUCAACUAUAUCGAUCAUCCGGAAAACAUGGAUCUAUUGUAUGACUUGAAAGAAAUUUGA